CGCAGUAACUGCUGUGGGCAGCUUGAACGAGAACGUUCUCUUCAGUAUGACUAACUCACCAACAAAGGCCAUGCUUUUCCUCUUACUCUUCAGAAUCCUCCUUUUCACUAUCUGCGUCAUUUCCUACACUCCUGAUGAUAAUUUUGCAGUCAAUUGCGGUAGCUCCGGCAAUUCUUCUUUAGUUGGCCGGAGCUGGACUGGAGAUAUAGACUCAGAACAAUUCUCUCCGAUCAAAUUCCUCGAUAGCAAUGACUCAUCGGUAAGUGCCAAGGCACCUUUCAAAACAACCCCUUACAAUACCGCGCGUGUCUCUCGCUCUAAAUUCUCCUACUUGUUUCCAUUGAAGACCCACGGCCAAAAGUUUAUUCGCCUUUACUUUUACCCAUUUUCUUACGACCCCAACUUCCUUCGCUCGGACUCGUUCUUCUCCGUCAGAGUUGGAUCUCACACUCUUUUGAAAGACUUCCAUCCUUCAGUCACCGCCGAUGAGGCUGGCAAAGAAACCAUUGUACGAGAGUACUGCGUCAACAUUCAUGACCCCAGCGAGGGGCUUAUGAUAACCUUCACGCCCAACGGAUCUCAUCCGAACGCCUAUGCUUUUGUCAAUGGCAUCGAGGUUGUCUCUAUGCCCGCCUUUCUUUAUUACACAGACCAAGAAAACCAGCUGGCAGGGAUGAUGCUAGAUGGUGGAACCCAGCAGUAUCCAGUUCAGAAUAGCAAUGCUCUCGAGACUAUGUACAGAGCUAAUGUUGGCGGAAGUCAGAUUCCUUCCGAUAAAGACACAGGCAUGUAUCGUUAUUGGCACCAGGAUAUUGACCACUUGGAGAGGGAGCGAUUGCAUAGUAUUUCAGUAGUUUUUGGUUUGCAUCCAGUAUAUAGAGAUGAUCAAAAUUAUUUUGCACCUGAUGAAGUAUACAUGACUGCCAGAAAUUAUGGGAUGAAAGAAACGUCCAAAUUUAAUGUGACUUGGGAAUUUGAAGUUGACUCAGAGUUUUUUUAUAUGGUGAGAUUGCAUUUUUGCGAGUUUGAUGAACACAUUGAAAAAGCUGGAGACAGAGUUUUCCAAAUCUUCAUAAAUGACGCUUUGGUGGAGUCUGUCGCCGAUGUGAUGUUGUGGACUCAGAAUCAGAGGAAUGUUCCUGUGCAUAGAGACUACGCGGCGUCGAUGCAGGGCAAGGGAAGCUUGAAGAAGCUGAAUCUUUCAAUUAAGUUGCAACCAACCCCAACUGCAAGAAGCACUUACAGAGAUGUUUUAUUGAAUGGUAUUGAAAUUUUGAAAAUAAGUGACAGCAAUGAUAAUCUGGCAGGUCCUAAUCCUGAUCCACCUCCAUCUCCCCCACUAAUAUCCUCCAAGUCAUCGAAAAACAGAAACAAUGCUAAGGUAAUUUCCAUUAUCGUUGGGGCAACAUCAGGCUUCAUCGUGCUGUCUCUUAUUGUUCUGCUCAUUUUCCGGCAAUUCAUUAGAGCUCCGGUCAAGGAAGGAUCUUCAUGGUGGGGACAAAAAUCAGUAGACUUGUCCAAGAAAAACAAACCCUGUGGGUCAUCAUCAUUACCGUCCGAUUUGUGUCGCUACUUUUCUAUAGAUGAAAUAAGAGCAGCCACAAGUAACUUCAAUGAUAUUUUCAUUGUGGGGGUUGGAGGGUUUGGUAAUGUCUAUAAAGGCUAUAUUGAUGAAGGAACAGUCCCUGUGGCCAUCAAACGGCUCAAACCAGGUUCCCAACAAGGCCUCCGUGAGUUCCAAACUGAGAUCGAAAUGCUCUCUCAGCUUCGUCACAAUCAUUUAGUUCCUCUCAUUGGUUACUGCAACGAUGGCAACGAGAUGAUCCUCGUUUAUGAGUUCAUGGCUCGUGGGACCCUCCGGGACCAUAUUUAUGAUUCUGAUAGCCCUCCACUUUCCUGGAAACAAAGGUUGGCGAUGUGCCUUGGUGCGGCGCGUGGACUCCAUUAUCUUCAUACUGGUGUGAACCGCAAUAUAAUCCACCGUGAUGUGAAAUCCACAAAUAUCUUAAUAGAUGAGAAAUGGGUGGCCAAGGUUUCGGAUUUUGGACUAUCCAAGAUAGGACCCACGGGGUUGUCCAGGUCUCACAUAAGCACGGUGGUAAAAGGAAGUAUGGGUUACUUGGACCCGGAAUACUAUAAACGUCAAAGGUUGACUGAAAAGUCUGACGUUUACUCUUUUGGAGUUGUAUUGCUGGAAGUAUUGUGUGGGAGACCUCCUUUGAUACGUAACGUGGAGAAGCAGAAACUAAGUUUAGUGGAGUGGGUUCGAAAAUGUCAUCACGAGGGUGUGAUUCAUCAAACGGUUGACCCUUUCCUGGUAGAAAGUAUCGCACCAGUGUGCUUAAAAGCGUUUAGCGACAUGGCACUGAAGUGUUUGGUGGAAGAUGGAAAUGAACGCCCUUCAAUGAACGACGUCGUGUGGGGCUUAGAGUUUGCGUUGCAGCUUCAAGAAGGCACAGAGAAGGUGGGGCUUCUGGUUGAUGAGGGCGACAUUGAAGGAAAGAGCGAGGAAAGGGCUCUAAUAAGGAAAACGACAAAUGUGGAAGAAAGAGAAAGCAAAGUGAGUUUCACGAGCAGUGAUGAAUCAAAAGGACGCAGGUUGACUAGUUCUAGCAGUGAAGAUCAAUCUUUAGUUUCUGGAUUGAUCUUCUCUGAGUUGGGACAUCCAUCGGUUCGAUGAAGAAGUAAUCCAGUGAUAUUUGCUAGGUGAUGAAUUUUAAUUUCGUCCUUUUCCAAAUAGUAAUGACGUCGUUAUAUUGCUGUAUGUCUGUUACAGCAACUCAACUUUUAUUUUCUAUCUGUAUAAAUACAAAAUAUGCAAGCAGAAAAUUAAAUAAUUACUUCUAAAAGUACGCAUGAUUACCAGAUGAGAUCACACUUCUUAGAUGCAAUGCAAGUCUUCAGAGUAUGAUUUUUAUA